UCCCCUCUGACAUGUAUAUAUGGGUCCAGUGUUUACAGUUAGCUAGUUAGAAGUCUUUGUUUUUGUCAUCAACUCAAAAUCAAAAUGUCCCGGCUGUACUCCAGCCUGACUUCCUCUGUUUCAUAACUGUUCUCAUUAGAACAGCUGACGAUUUAACUUUUUAGGACAGAGUUUUCAUCUUUCUCCAUACUUUUUUUGUUGUUGUUGUUGUUCUCACUUUGUGACCGAGAGGGACGCUUCGCCGGGCAACUUCAGCACAAGGUGAUCUUAAAGCUGAGAGAGGGUCUUCUGUGAAGGUGGCAGCCAUGGUGUUGAUUUUGGGCAGGAGGAUUAUCAGAGAGGACUCUGGGAUCAGAGACUCACCAGCUGUCAAACGCAAGGUGUUUGAGGUUGAUCCCAAAACAUUAGCCAGCCAAGAGGUCUUGGAUUUCUGUUCUGGCGCAUCCCACUCAGAGGGCAUCCUGCAGGUGUUCAAUGAGUUUCGUGAUUGCCGCCUGUUCACUGAUGUGGUCAUCAGUGUGCAGGGUCGCGAGUUCCCCUGCCACCGCGCUGUGCUCUCUGCAUGCUCUUCCUAUUUCAGAGCCAUGUUCUGCAAUGAUCAUCGUGAGAGCCGGGAGAUGCUGGUGGAGAUCAAUGGCAUCCUGGCAGAGGCCAUGGACUCCUUCCUCACCUAUGUUUACACAGGCCGUGCCAAGAUCACCACUGAGAAUGUCCAGUUCCUCUUUGAGACCUCCAGCCUCUUCCAGAUCUAUACACUACGAGAUGCCUGUGCUAAGUUCCUGGAGGACCAGCUGGACCCCUGUAACUGCCUGGGCAUCCAACGGUUUGCAGAUGCCCAUUCUCUGAAGCAGUUAGCCAGUCGUUGCCGCAGUUAUGCCCUGGCCAAUUUCUCAGAGGUGGCUCAGCAUGAGGAGUUCCUUGACCUACACAAAGAAGAGCUGGAAGAGUAUAUAAACAGUGAUGAGCUGUCUGUUGGCAAAGAGGAGGUAGUGUUUGAGGCAGUAUUGCGAUGGGUGUACCACAGCAUGGAGCUUAGGAGGCCGAUGCUGAAGGCCCUGCUGCACCAUGUGCGCCUGCCCCUUCUGCACCCCAACUAUUUUGUCCAGACAGUGGAGGGAGACCAGCUCAUCCAGAAUGCUCCAGAGUGCUAUCAGCUUCUCCACGAGGCCAGACGCUACCACGUGCUUGGAAAUGAAAUGAUGUCACCCAGAACUCGUCCACGCAGGUCAACUGGCUACUCAGAGGUGAUUGUGGUGGUGGGUGGCUGUGAGAGGGUGGGCGGCUUCAACCUGCCCUACACUGAAUGCUAUGACCCCGUCACAGGAGAGUGGAAGUCACUGGCCAAACUGCCUGAGUUUACUAAGUCAGAGUAUGCAGUCUGUGCGCUCCGCAACGACAUUCUGGUGUCAGGUGGUCGUAUCAACAGCAGAGAUGUUUGGAUGUACAACUCACAGCUCAAUUUGUGGAUCAGAGUGGCUUCUCUGAACAAAGGCCGAUGGAGACACAAGAUGGGUGUCCUACUAGGCAAGGUCUAUGCCGUGGGUGGCUAUGAUGGCCAGAGCCGUCUGAGCAGCGUGGAGUGUUACGACUCCUUCUCCAACCGCUGGACAGAGGUGGCACCAAUGAAAGAGGCCGUCAGCUCUCCUGCUGUUGCCAGCUGUGCCGGCAAGCUCUUUGUUAUUGGAGGAGGCCCUGAUGAUGAAACUUGUUCAGACAAGGUUCAGUGCUAUGAUCCAGAGACAAAUACCUGGUUACUACGGGCCAACAUCCCCAUCGCCAAGCGCUGUAUCACAGCAGUGUCCCUCAACAACCUGAUCUAUGUUUGCGGUGGUCUCACCAAAUCCAUAUUCUGCUAUGACCCCGUGGAGGACUACUGGAUACAUGUGGUUCACACUUUUAACAGACAGGAGAGCUGUGGCAUGUCGGUGUGCAAUGGUAAGAUCUUCAUCCUCGGCGGCAGAGGGGAAAGUGGUGAAGCCACAGACACCAUCCUGUGCUACGACCCAGCAACAGGCAUCAUCACAGGAGUGGCAGCCAUGCCACGGCCCAUCUCUUAUCAUGGCUGCGUCACCAUCCACCGCUACAACGACAAGUAUAAUAGGCCCUGAUUAUAAACAAGCACAAAGACACACACACACAGAUAUAAAUCUUUAUACCUUUAUUUCUUUGUAAAUUAAGCUUUUCACUUUCACUCCAUUACAACACAAACAAAAGUACAGUCUUAUCUAGACCAGGCAUUUAUUUUUCCCCACAGCAUCAUGUAGCAACAUUCAGUGCGUUGUUGUGAAUCUUUAACUGUUAACUGCACCAUAGUUGUUGACCUUCUAUGAAAGUGGUCUAACAUAAGAUAAGGUAAGAUUGCAUGGCAGAUCUGUUUUGCAUUAGUAAUAACUGCACAAGGUUGGUGAGUUGUGUGUCACAUAUAAUGGAUACAAAGAAAACUGGAAAUUAUAAAUCUUAUCAAUCAGAUUAAAUAUAUUUAAAAUAUCUUAAACCAGAGGUCCAUGUACUUGCAUUAGCUUUUUACAUAGUCCUUAUCUAUUUACAUCAUGGGACCUCAUGUAGUCCAUAGGUCUUUUGAUUACAACCUGAGCCUUGAUUGGCUGAAAGGGUCCUUGGUAUAUGGUGGAAAAUUCAGUCAACAGUACUCAAUAUAAGUAAAUGUUUGUUCAGAAUGUUCUCCCUCAUAAGCUGAAAUAUUUGUUCACGUCUUCAAAGAAAACAAACAAUGCCUAGUGUAGAAGAUGGUGAUCUUCUCUUCUUGGAACACGGAUGUUCCCCACAGUAACCGUUUACAUUUUUAAAAAUAAUUCCAAAGAAAAGAGUUAAGAUUAGCAACAGUAUUGUUUUUACUGUGAUACUGGUUAUGGAUGAUUGACAAUCAACUUCCUUGUGCUUUGAUUACUGUGCAAAGUAACGUCCCCCUGAGAUCUGAUGUGAACUGAGUAUCACAGAUUGUGCUGAUAAACAAUAACAAAAAAGUAUCUACACAAAGCCAAGAGUAAUCUGCGGGUCGAAGGAAAAAGUACAUGAUUUGGUUUUUGGCUGAAAGAUGAUCAGCCAGCCAGACCAGAAAUAUGACCUUGAACCUUCAAUACAGAUACUUAUGUGUACAGUCAUUGGAGUUCAGCACAGCACUAAGAAAAAAAACAAAACACUGUCCUCCAAUUACAGAUCUUCUCCUUGAUCUAAAAACGUGAUUAACAGUCAGCCAGCUGCUCGCCCACGGUAUAUCAGUCAUCAUGAAUACAAUUUGCUCUUACAUAGAGUUAAAAGAGAGAAAUUGCGGAGGUUGUGCAAAAAUAUUGGAACAGGGCCACUUUUAUCACUGCCCUCUUGUUUCCGUUUAUCGCUCACAUCCCUGCAUGUGCCACCUAGUUUCACUUCCAGUGUGUUUCCCUUUUCCCUGCUCCAGCUGUGUCACAUCUCACAUUUACUGAUCUAUAUUAUAGCUUUAUUUUUUAUAAUUAUUCUUAAUUCAUUCACUCAUUACUGUUAUUUUUCUUGUUUUGUAAGUUAUACAUGUUUUUUUAUAUUUUGAUUUUUGUUGUAUUACUACCCGUAGCUUUAGUGUGUUUACUUCAUAUCAAUUGAUUGGUGUACUGGGCUUGUGUAUGGUUUUGUAGACGUGAGAAGCCUUUGUAGAUCAAAUUCGAAGACUGCUCUGAAUAAGUGGCAUGCAUCUUUGGCGUGUAUGCGUGCAUGUUUGUAUGUAUGUAUGUGACUUUUAUGACUCGUUUUGAAUGUGUUGGAGCCACGGAGGUUUGUCAUGGAGUUCCAGCAUAAGCAUUACAAAGCGGCUAGUGUCCGUGAACAGAACUCCUCAUGCUGAUGCUGGCACCUCACCUGUGCACUUACAUGUAAUCCAGGGGUGGGGGGGAACCAUAGAUACCUCCAGGUGUGUUUGUGUUGAUGUGUUGAACAGUCAGCAGUUGGUGUGUGUAGCAGUGCUAUACCUCACAUUCUGAGUGACAUGGAGUUUGGAUGUAGCUUAUGGUCAGUAAAAGUCCCCUUUUACUACAUUUGGUUUGAUAGACUACAGAGAUAUUGCUGUGAAUAUAAUUGUGUUUGUAUUAUUAUUAUUAUUACUAGUUUCUUUGUUUAACCUGUAUUUAAAUGUGUCUCUUUUUUGUCAUAUAUUGGCCUUUUUCUGUAACUUAGAACCCCAAUUGUGCACUUUGACAGAAUACUGUUAAAAUAUAUAACGUUGAUCAUUUUUUUUUUUUUUUUACUGUAU